AUGGAAAGGCGGCCGACGAGCGCAAGGUGGAUGAUAUUUCCUCAAGAAAUCAAUUUGGAACCCAGAAAAUCAUUUUUAUUUAGGAAUAUAUCAAAUGGUCUUGGAGGUCAUCCUAAAUGGAAGGAUGUGGAUAUGGUUCUAUUCGUAAUAAAUAUUAUUGGUGCCCAUUGGUUUAUGGCGGUGCUACAUUUAGAUACCUGGAAAGUAGAUAUUUAUGAUUCAGCACAACCUAUGGAUUACUUCUCAAAGUACUUAACUGGUGGAGAAUUCACAAGUUUUGGAGAUAGUAUUAUCUCAUAGUUAGAAGCUAUUGAGUACUGGAACGAUUUCCCCGUUGGACACAAAGAUAAAGAAAAGGUGGAGUUUACUGAUGUUGUAGAUACGCCACAACAAGAAUAUAGUCUUGAUAGAGGGGAUUGUGGAGUAUUUGUAUGCAUGUUUAUGAAAAUGAUUGUUUUGGGGGUACCCGUGAAGAUUUCUACGGCACAUAGAGAUGUGGGAUUUUUCUACAAACAUAAGAUGACAAAUAUUAUUUAGGAUACUAUAUAGCCCUACUAUAUAAGUUGAUAUUCGG